CCUGGGCCCGCUGCCAAAGGGGAAGUGAGCUAAGGCUGGAGCUAUGGCCUGGGUUUGGAGCCUGCGGCCGCCGCCGCCGCCGCCAGCGCGUCCGGUGAAGCCGCGGCCGGAGCAGGGGCCGGAGACGCGGCUGGACUGGCCGCGGCGCGUGUGAGUUGAGGAAGUCGCCGGUGGCGGAACUCUUGACACUCGGAGCACUUCAGGCUGGCAGAGCGGUGGUCACCCCUCAUCACUGCGCCCCCUCCAGGCCCUAGCAGCAGGGCUGGGGUUGCUCAAGGCUUCCGCUCCUCUCGCACCGGUUUCUACAAACUCAGGACUGAAGCCACGGGAAGGUAAUAGAAUUUAUCCAUUUGGAUCGCCAGUUCCUAGGCCAUCUCUAUGUAACUUCCUCCCCCCACCCCCAUCCUCCUGAGUCCAAUUUCCUCUGGGUUCCAUUCUCCAGCCCUCAGUAGAUCUGGUCAGUCCCACCUCUGGGUGGGAGUGAUCAGGGGGCUCUGGCCCAGGAUUUCCAACCCUGGAAGGCAGCUCCAAGUCAGCGAGAGAGUUGGGUGUUGGCUACGAACCUGGCAGCUCAGGCGUGGGCCCGCCACUCACCCCCCACAAAAAGAUGAAAAAGCGCAAAGAGCUCAAUGCUUUGAUCGGCCUGGCUGGGGACAGUCGGAGAAAGAAGACCAAGCAAGGCCCAAGCAGCCACCGCCUGCUUCGCACUGAGCCCCCUGACUCAGACUCAGAGUCCAGCUCAGAGGAAGAGGAAUUUGGAGCAAUUGGAAAUCGCUCUCGUUUUCUCAAGGGAGACUAUGUCCGAUGCUGCAAGAUCUGCUACCCCCUCUGUGUCUUUGUCAUCCUCGCAGCCUGCGUGGUGGCCUCUGUGGGCUUGGUGUGGAUGCAAAUGGCUCUCAAGGAGGAUCUGGAUGUCCUCAAGGAAAAAUUUCGAACAAUGGAGUCUAAUCAGAAAAGCUCAUUCCAGGAAAUCCCCAAACUUAAUGAGGAACUUCUCAGCAAACAAAAACAACUUGAGAAGAUUGAGUCUGGGGAGCUGGGCUUAAGCAGAGUCUGGAUCAACAUCACAGAAAUGAAUAAGCAGAUUUCUCUGUUGAGUUCUGCAGUAAACCACCUAAAAGCCAGUGUCAAGUCGGCCGCAGACUUGCUCAGCCUGCCUCGCACUGUAGAGGGACUGCAGAAGAGUGUAGCUUCCAUUGGCAAUACUUUAAACAGUGUCCACCUUGCUGUAGAGGCGAUACAGAAGACUGUGGAUGAACACAAGACAACCUUGGAGUUACUACAGGACAGUAUGGAGACCAAUGGACGCAACCAAAUCACGCCAUCGCCCUCACCUCCAUCAGAAUAUGACAAUAAAACCCACAGUCAAAGUACAAAACAGGAUAUCCUGUACCUGCACAACUCCCUAGAGGAAGUCAACAGUACUGUAAUAGGAUACCAGAGACAGAAUGACCUUAAACUCAAGGGGAUGAGCGAGACCCUCAGUAACCUGACACAGAGGCUCAGCCUGAUAGAAAGUGACGUGGUUGCACUGAGCAAGGCAGAACAGAGAACAAAUGUGAGCUCCAGCAUGAUGGGGAAUAGGGCUGCCACUCUGAAAAGAGAGUUUUCGGUGACCAACAGAACUGAUACUGUAAAGGCCCAAAGCAUAAAGAAAGAAGAUAAUUCAAAUUCUCAGGUAUCUAAGCUUCGAGAAAAACUGCAACUGAUCAGUGCUCUCACAAACCAACCUGAAAGCAACAGGCCUCCAGAGACCACAGAUGAAGAGCAAGUACAGAACUUCACAUCAUAUCCUUCAGCACUGCCAGAAUUUCCACAGCUUCUUAGAGAGCAAAUUGAGACCCAACUAAAACCUAUCUCCCUGCCUGGGAUUUCUAGCAUCAAAGAUCUUCAGGAUUUAUUCCACAAGACUGGUCAAGAUGAGGAUGGGCUGCUGACCUACCAGGAUCUCUGGAAUUCCCUAGGUUCUGCCACGCCGAGACCAGAGAGCUUGAGAGCAUUUGACUUGAAUGGAGACGGGAGAUACUCUUUCCUGGAGCUAAGAGCAGCUUUAGGGAUCUAGUCUCAUCAGGCAUAUUUGAAAUGGAUGUGUAGCCUGGACUACCUAAAAUCUACUUACCUAAAAAGACAAAAAAAAAAAAAAAAAACACACUCUUGACUAACUCAUCAGCCCUCCAGCCCUUCAUACUACUGUAGCAAACACAUUGUCACCUUUUAACUUGUUUGAAAACACUAUUUAAAAAAUUAUUUUUUUAAAAAAAAUUACUUAAAAUAUGAUGUUUAGAAAUCUAUGAUUUCAUGAAGCCAGUGAGAUCUUGUAACUUAAAGUUGCCAGGAAAAAAAUAAUAAAGCCCUCUUCUCUCUUUCCUGUUUUUGAGGGGAAGAGAAUUUACCUUUUAAAGCUGGAAAGUGUGUGUAUAUAGAGAUAAGUCACUGUUUAUAUUUCUUAUGAAUUUGCCUUAAAUUAGCUGCACUUUAUAGAGCCUCAGAAUAUGUCUUUUCUUUGAAAGAUGAGUCUCUUCUGUUUGUAAAUAUAUAAAAUGAAAGAUUGUGCAUAAUGUGUAGAAAGUCAGAAGAUUGGCCUUGAACAGAAUGAAUGAAUGACUUGUUAGGAGUAAUUAACAGUCUGCUCUGGGUGGCAGCUGAAACUCUUCACAUCUCCUUAGGGCCACCCUCAAAUGCUUGUGCACCACCAUAGGGUUUGAAGCUGGGGCAUCAGUUCAGGUAUGGAUGCUGUGCAGGAAGUGCCAGCAGCUCCACGUGCAGGAAGGUCAGAAUCUGGGCCAUUGCUCCUGUUCCUAACCCAAGAACCAGAGAACUCUUACUGGGAUUUUCCUCAUUUUUAAUUAUCUUUCAAGGAUUAUGAGGAUAGAAGUUACUCAGUGGGAAAUUAUGUUUCCCCCUCAAGUAAGCAAGAUUGUCUUCCCUACCCACCCACUCCAGACUACCUUAAGGUUGUAACUGCCUACCAUGUCCAAUCUGGAAUGGGAAGGCUCAUGUCCUUGGUUGCUAUCCCAAACUAGUUGCUCAGAGCACUAGAACAAAGCUAUGAGUACCCUUUGGGAUUUACCGUUAGGAUAACCAAGAACUUGCUCUAUUUCUUGCCAGGAUGCCUAAAGCCAAAAUGUGGUCAGAUGAAACAUGAAAUCAUAUUCUUUCUUCAUAAUUGUUCACUCAGAGGGAGCUAUGGGUUUUCUGUCCAGAGGAUGCCACCUAGAGCAGGCCUGCUUGGAGUGGGAGCCUUCUGGCGAUGGGGACCUAUCCCAGGUCGAGAGAGCAGGUGUGGUGCUUCCCCUUUAUGUGCUUUGUGGGCAAGUCAGGAAAAUCACCGUUCACCAACACUUCCGUCAUGAACAUACCCAGUGUUCUUAGGAGUCUCUGGGCCACUCCAGUAGAAGAGCCAGUCAGGGAAACACUGGAGGAGCUGUUGUGAUAGCAAGGCUUCUGUAAUAAAGAUCAUUGCUAUUUAAUUUUGUUCAAGUUGCCCUGUCCGCUAUAGGUACAGUCUGGUACCUUUAACCUUUAAAGACAUUUGGUUUUUGCUUUGCUUUGUUUUGCUUUGCUUUGCCUUGCUUUUUGUAUUUUGUUUCUUUUAUAUGACAGUGUAGUAUUGGCUUUUUUUUUUUUUCCUAAACAUUAAAACUCAGUGAAGGCAAGAUAAGAUUUUCCUUUGCAUGAGUCUUUUUAGCUCAUGUUUCUCUCUCUUUAAAUAUUUUGCCUUAAUGUUUGCCUUGCUCAUCUAUGCUGUCACCUUCUUGGAAAGGUUAAAAAUACAGUUCCAACAUUAUCCUGGCUCUUUAGGUAACUCUUGUUCUUCUGGAUGCCUUCCAUACUCUACUCCCCCUUUUUAAUAUAUAUAUAUAUAUAUAUAUAUACCCUUACAGAUUUUGUAACAACCAAAUAAAGUUCUAGCAAUAAAUUGAAUUAUUCUGCUAUAUUUGUAUAUAUUGUACCAUAAAUAGUAUGUCUGUACCUGGAAGGUAUUUUUUUGAGAACUGAUUUAUAUGAAAUAUACUGAGGGUAAUGUAGCUUGUCCUUUUUAGUUUCAAGUUCUUAUUUGUAGGAAGAUACUUUGAAGACACCUUAACUCUUUGUGGUAUAUGCUUUUCAGUGAGGAAGCAGGAUUUGUUUCUUGGUCUCUUCUGGUUUUUCCAUAUCAAGCUUGUCUGCCAGCGUCACCUCUGAGCUGUGUGAUGUCUCCUACCAAACUGGCCAGAGGUAGCCAUAACUGUCCUCUGACCUAUACAUACCCUUCUCUCCCUGCCUGUGGCAUUCCCAGGUCUUCUGAGCAGAGGUUGGUAUCUUAUUCUCCUUUGCUAAAAAUUGGACAGACUCACUGGCUGAGGAGCCCCAAUAACCUAUCAAUCAGUGAAGACUGGGUCUUCCUUUGUUAUUGUCUUAACUUGUGCAUCCAGUGCCUUGUGUUAGUCAAGCUUCAGGAGCCACAGAUCACCUCGAGGAGAACUCAGUGUAGUGGUGGUGAGUUUGGCUUUGGAUUUCAGUCCUUUGGCCUUAUCAGUCAGUAGCUCAGAGUACUUCCCACCUUAGUUUCUUAAAGUGUUACUCUCUGGUCCUUUGCUUUAUUGCCAUGUACUAUCUACCAUAAUAUUUACUGAAAGACCAUCCACAAGCCAAUCAUGGUAGCAUAUACCUAUAAUCCCAGUCCUUGGGGGACUGAGGCAGGAUAAUGAAUUCUAGUCCAGUCUGGGCUACAUAGUGAGAUCUUGUCUCCAAAAAGUACCUGGCUUAAAUAGGACUGCAGUGACAUUCAAGGGGGAGCAGAGCAAUGGAUGCUUGGCACUUAGGAACGGGUCUAAUGCAGAAGAGCUGAGGUGGACAAUCUCACUUGAGGACCAGCUCUUUUCCCUUCCAUUGCAGUUUGCUCUUUACCGUUGCUGGACACAGCCCCAUCAGCCCCCUCCCUGGUCCCAGUGUCACAGCUGAAGAUUUUGACUAUGAUGUGCUCACACUCAUAAUGGCCUAUUGAGUUGUUUUUAGUGACAGCUUUUGUUUGCUGCACACCUCAUUGGCUUGCUUACCAACCAUCUAGAUGUGGUCCCUUUUCUCAUAUUCAAGCCAGAACACAUUUGGGUAUUCCUGAGACUUUAGAGAGCAUGUAUUGUUUGUUAUAUAAACCUAACCUACCUUGUUGUUUUCUCAUAUUAAGAACUGUAAAUCUACUUUAUAUUAAUGGAACUAUUUUGAUAAUAUAAAAGCAAUUUUGGUUCUGUUUAGAGAGUGGAUUCAAGGUUCCAUGACUUCACUUGAGCUUUACUUAUUUAUCAAUAUAGCCAUUUUAAUUUAUCUAAAUAAAACAUUUCCUUUCUCUCA